UUAAGUAAAGUGCGCGAAUAGCAGAAACACUUUGGGAAGUAAACAAAUGCCCAAAACAGCUAACUUGCAGCCUGUCUGCAUUUAAAAGAAACGUUUUCAAGUUUGCGAGAGUGAAUGUUAAUGAUUUUAUGAUAUGGCAGACGACCAGGACUUUGACCAAACACAGGCCUUGUUUUUAGAUGAGUUUGAACAAGAAAUAGAUGAAGAUAAUGUUUCAGAUAAUAAAAAUAGUGUGGCCUUUUUAAAGGUUUCCUGCCAAAAAAGCUUUCCUGAAAAAUCAUUUCCAUUGUAUGAAGGAAACAAUGUGAUUGGGAGACAUGAAGAAUCUUGUAAUGUCUGUAUUUCAUUGAAGGGAUUAUCCAGAGAACAUGCAUGCAUUGAAAUAAAGGGAGAAUCUUUUCUGAUAUAUGAUAAAAAUAGCAGAAACAAGACUAAAAGAAAUCAGCUAUACUUAAGUCCAGAUGUGCGAUAUGAGCUGAAGAAUGGGGAUACCCUAAUGUUUGGUGAUGUUACAUGUAAAUUUUAUAUUGGCAAUAAGGAUGUAGAUGCUGUUUCAGAGACUGGAUCAGAAUCAGAAUAUCAAACCGCCAAUGAUGUGAAGGAUGUGACUGUUGAGUUUGAAGAAGAUUAUGAUAGUGAUAACAGUGUUGACUUGUUACAACCAACACAGGCAUACACCAAUCAUACACAGAGACACAAUGCUACAAAGUCUUUACUGGCUGACGACUCUUUUGUUGAAAAGGAGACUACAGUACUAGUUGGUGAGACUCCUGCACCAGCACGGCAAAAAGUAACAUCUGGUCCAGUAAUUGAUGAUUCUGGUUCUGAAACAGAAGAUGAAGAUGCUUUAUCUAAAAAUGUACCCCAAACACUGGUUAUUGAAGGUAAGAAAAAAAAUGUACCCCAAACACUGGUUAUUGAAGGUAAGAAACAAAAUGUACCCCAAACACUGGUAAUGGAAGGUAAGAAACAAAAUGUACCCAAAACACUGGUAAUGGAAGGUAAGAAACAAUAUGUACCCCAAACACUGGUAAUGGAAGGUAAGAAACAAAAUGUACCCCAAACACUGGUUAUUGAAGGUAAGAAACAAAAUGUACCCCAAACACUGGUUAUUGAAGACACACAGAAGGAUGAAAGUGGUGAUGCUGAAAUACUUUAUGCCCAAACACAGGCUUAUGUUGGAGAGAGUGAUGUCGGAGAUGUUACUGAUGAGGAAGAUAAAAAAUUAUUAACAGAACCUACACAAGCAUUUACAGAUGUACAAGACAGACAGCAAAUAGAACCAACUCAGACAUUUGUGGCAGAGAGUGACGAAGAGGAAGAAGAUGAUAGAAAGAAAGCAUUACAGUAUGGAGCUACUCAGGCCUACCAUACAGAUUAUUUUGAUGAGCCUACACAAACAACAGAGGAUGAAGGAGAAACUGUUGUAGAAUCUGACGAGGAUGUCAGCCAUUUGUUUGCUACUUCCACUUUAGCAUGUGAUGUUGAUGAUUUUCCUGAGGAGGGUGGAAGACAAGUGAUAACAGCUGAUGACACAGUUGAUCAAGAAAUGGAAACACAAGCCAUUCUAGAUGAACCCACACAAGCAGUUGAUGGAGGUGACGAAGCUACUCAGGUUUUCCCAGAUGUUAGGGUAAAUGGUGAUGAUGCUACUCAAGUUGUCAAAGAAGUAGCUUGUCCAUCUAAGAAAGUGGCAUUUGAUGAUGCCACUGUGGCUGUUCAAGAAGAUGCCACAGUAGCUGUUCAAGAAGAAGCCACAGUAAUAGUUCAAGAUGAUGCCACAGUAGCAGUUCAAGAAGAUGCCACAGUAGCAGUUCAUGAAGAUGCCACAUUAGCAGUUCAGGAUGAUGCCACAGUGGCUGUUCAUGGAGAUGCCACUGUUAACAUUCAUGGAGAUGCUACUGUUGAUGUUCAUGGGGAUGCCACUUUAGCAUUACCUGAAGCCACAGUCUCUGUUCAUGGAGAUGCCACUGUUGCUUUUCAUGGAGAUGCUACUCUAUCAGUUCAUGGAGAUGCCACUUUAGCUCUUCAAGGAGACUCAACAGUUGCAAUUCAAGAAGAAGCUACCUUAGCAAUACAAGGUGACACAGUUGCUGUUGCAGAGGAUGCCACAACUAGUAUUCAAGAUGCUGCAACUGUUGCAAUCCAGGAUGAUACCUCUGAUGCAGUCCAAGACGAUGCCACAUUAGCAGUUCCACCAGAUACCACUGAUAUUGUAGAGGAUGACCAUCAUCUUGGAGCCCAAACGAAAGGAAAAGGAAGAGGAAGACCUAAAAGAUCAGAAACUGCUUCAAUUAAAUCUCAAGACAAUAUUGAUAAAGCUGCUACAAGUAAGGGAAAGAGAAAGGCACCAGUGAAGCAAACAGCAAAGGCAGAAACAGAUAUGAAAAGAGAGGAUUCAGUUACAAGUAGUCAAGAAUCAGAUGAUGGCAACAUUAGGCGAUCAUCACGAUCUAAACGUAAAAGUUUCAGAAUGCUUGAAAUGGAACAGAGUAUGGAUGAUAUGAAAGGUAUAGAUAAAUCAAUCAGAAAAGGGGAGGACUACAGUCCAGAGAUAAGUGACACAGAUGAUGGUAGUCCAAAGAGAGGUCAUAAACCAACAAAAACAGCUGGUCAAAGUCAGGAGAAAGAUAUUGGUGAAGCAGAAACUCUAACACUGUCUGUUGAGGAAGAAAUUGCCCUUGUGCAGAAAAAUAUACCCCCUUUACCAAAGGAAACUGUGAAAAAGACAGAGGCUGAAUUUCUAAUGUCAUUACCAGCUCUGCAAGAUAAAGAAUCUCCAGCUCCAGUACUGACAGAAGCAACUCAAGCCUAUACAUUGGAACCUGAAGAAGAGUUACCUCAGCCUGAAAUGGUAGAGGCCACACAGCCAUAUGUAUUAAGUGAGGAUGAUUCCACUCCACUUCUGGAUGAGGGAGGGUCAAAGGAGGAAAGGGACACAACUCCUCCAAUUGAAGAAGUGUUAGCAGCAACACAGAAUUACAGUUUGGAGGAAGAGGUUGUUGCUGACAGUGAAGAAACUGAUAUAAGAUCUCCAUUGAUCUCGAUUCCUUCAAGGUCACCACUAAAACCAACAUUAGUAUCGCCAGAUAAAAGGGAAAAGAAAUCACCAUCUCCAAAACGUGUCCAGUUUACUGUUAAAAAGAUUGAUUCAUCAUCAACCAGUGCAAGUGAGAACAAUGAUAUACCAACUGACAGUGAGACUGCUGAGAAAACUGAGCAGAAGAAUACAUCAACCAACAGACCAUCAAGAUCAAAAGUUAAAGAAGCUAUUAUCAAAAAAGUUAGAAAUAAACGUACUGCUGAAGCAAAAUCUCAUCCAGCUAGUCAAGGAGAAAAUGAAAAUUUAACCGAAGGGAAAAAGGGCAGGCAAUCAGUGCUUUCUGAACAAGAAACAAAUAAAACUGAAACAAAAACAACACGUAGGUCAGCUAUCACUGAUAUUAAGACUGAAGAGCAUAUCAAUUCUAAGGCUGAUCAGUCAGCAAAUGAUUCAGGGGAGACAACUAAAAUAACUAGAGGCAGACGGUCAACAGCUUUGAUUGAAAAUGUAAAAUCAGAAGACACAGCUUCCACCUCUAAAGGCAGGGGAAGAAAAUCUACAGCAACUAGAAAGGAAACAAAUAAAGGUGUCAAAAAGGAAGAUAAGACAGAAACAGUGGCAUUGAUAAGUGAUGGAGAGAAUGAAGAUUUGGUAAAACCUGCAAACGGAGGUUCACAAGGGAUAUCAACAGAACAAGUUGAUAAAACAGGAGAACCUGAAACCUUGAAGACAUUUGGCAGUAGUGGUAAGUUUUCUGUACAGGAACUGUCAGAACCUGGAACAAGUCAUAGUGAAACAAGUUUGGCUAAGCAAGAUGAAAAGAUAAUAGAAAAUAAACCAGAAACAAAAAGGUCAAGAGGCAGAAAGGUCAAAGCAUCAAUUGAUCCUGUAGUAGACAAUGAAAAGGAAACAGUCAUCGAAAAUGUAGACAUCGAUAAAAGAGUUUCUAAAACAAUAAAAGGGGGUAGAAGGGGUAGAUCUUCUGUUGUUCCAGAAAUGACAGACAAAGCAAGAAGUGAAGCUGAAGAAUUCAAGGCAUCAAAAUCAGCUGGUAGGAGGGGAAGAAGUGUUGCUGAAAGUGAAAGUAAUACCACAACAAAUAAUGAUACAGGUAAAACUGAUGAUGUGAUAACAAAACAAACUGGCAGAAGAGGAAGAACAUCUGUUUUAGGUGAAAGUAAAAACAUGUCUGAAACAGAAAGUCAGGAAAGUUAUGCAGGAAGUAAAACAACAAAACAAACUGGUAGAAGAGGAAGAACUUCUGUUUUAAGAGAAAGUGAAAGUAAAAACAUGUCUGAAACAGAAAGUCAGGAAAGUGAUGCAGGAAGUAACACAAAACGAGCUGGUAGAAGAGGAUCCGGAAGAACUUCUGUUUCAGGAGAAAGUGAAAGUAGAAACAGUUGUGAAACAGAAAGUCGGGCAAGUGAAGCAGUAAGUAAAACGACAAAACAAACUGGUAGAAGAGGAAGAACUUCUGUUUUAUUAGAAGAAAGUGAAGGUAAAAACAGUUGUAAAACAGAAAGUCAAGAAAGUGAAGCAGAAAGUAAAAGAGGAAAAAGUAAAGCUCUGGGAUCAACAUCUGAGGCUCAGAAUAAACAAUUGGAAGUAUCAAAAGAUGAUAACAGGGGUAGAAGGGGUAGAAGUUCUGUUCUGUCAGGAACAGAAAAUAAAGAUGAGUUAAUGCUGCCACCAAAAAGUGGUGGACGAAGAGGCAAGAAAAAUGCUGAUGACAGUGCUACUUCGGAAAUACAAAAUAAUAGAGGAACAUCAAGACAAUCAAAAGUUAAUGAAUUCAUAAAUGAAAAUGAAAAAGAAAAAAGUUUUAACCUGGACAUUCAUGAGAAAGAUAAAAGUGAGUCAUCUGACAGUAAUACUAGAGGAAGGUCAUCUUCACGGACUAGAAAAAUAGAAAAUAAAGAAAUUGUGAAAGAAAAUUAUUCAAAACCAACAAAUAUCAAACGAAAGCGAGAUUCAUCUAUUAAUGUAUCUGACGUUUCACCAUCAACUUCAAAAAGAGCUAAAAUUGCUGUAAAUACUAAUGUAUUAGAAACAAAAACUACUCAAAAGUCAAAAGGAAGGACUUCAAAUGUUAGAAAUGAUUCUCCAGUCGAAGAAGAUACAUCUAGAUCUAGCAGUAGAACAAGUACACACAAAAGUGAUCAUUCUUCUGUUAGUAGUGAACAUAGUAAAGAGCAGAAAACGAUGAAAUCAGAAUCAAAGAAAAGAGGAAGGAGUAAUGACGAGAACGUUUCAGAAACUCCUGCCAAAAAAACCAGGGUAAAAGAAGAGCAAUCAACUCCUAAACAGAAUAAGACCCUAGCAGUGAGUUCUCCAUCACUUAGGAGGAAAUCUGUGGAACCUAACAAACCUAAAGUUAUGUUCACAGGUGUUGUGGAUGAACAUGGUCAAAAGAUAAUAAAAGACCUUGGAGGAGAAUUUGUUAACUCUGUACAGGAAUGUACACAUCUUGUGACAGAUAAGGUACGAAGAACUGUGAAGUUCCUGUGUUGCUUAGCCAGAGGUAUUCCAAUUGUAACUUUACAGUGGAUAGAAAGUUGUAAACAGUCUGCCAUGUUUGUAGAUUGUCAUAAGUUCCCAGUGAAGGAUACAGCAACAGAAAAACAAUACAAAUUUUCACUGUCCAGAUCUCUUGAAAACGCCAAAGAAUCAUGUUUAUUGCAGGGAUAUAAAGUGCAUGUAACCAAAUCUGUCAAACCAGAGCCUAGUCAAAUGGAAGAAAUAAUUGAAUGUGCAGGAGGUCAGUAUCUAACCACAAUGCCAAAGAAAGGGGGAGAUAAUAUAGUCAUUGUUUCCUGUCCUGAUGAUGAAUCACUCUGUACAGCAGUAAUGAAGGCAGGGGUACCAGUUGUCAACUCUGAGUUUAUUCUAACAGGGAUACUCAGACAGGAAGUGAAUAUCAACUCAUAUCCUUUUUGAAUUCAGAGUUUUAGAGAGACAUAAUAUAUAUUUUUAUGCCUCACUUAGGGGCAUUAUGUUUUUCGGUCUGUGCAUCUGUUCGUCCAUCCGUUCGUCCGUCUGUCCUGCUUCAUGUUAAAGUAAUUGGUCAAGGUGGUUUUUGAUGAAGUUGAAGUCCAAUCAACUUGAAACUUAGUAUACAUGUUCCCUAUGAUAUGAUCUGUCUAAUUUCAAUGCCAAAUUAGAGUUUUGACCCCAAUUUCACGGUCCACUAAACAUAGAAAAUGAGUGGGGCAUCUGUCUACUAUGGACACAUU